AAGCUGCUGGUCUAAGCCAUCAGUUCUCUGGAAAAUGCCUGAACACUGCAGAAGCUGGACUGACUUAAAAUCAAGCCUUCUCAAGUCCUUCUUCCAGCUCCCUGAGACCCUUCUAGGAAAGGGUCUCCCUCCUUCUUUCCACUUCUUGAACCCCCGUUCAAGUCUUCCACCCAGUCUCACUUGAAACCCUUUUUCCUCUGCGCCAUAAACCUGCUUCUCUUGCGGUCUCCGCGAUCCUCUUCCUCAAUAUGUUUGGGAAGUUCUUCAAAAGAAAAGCCAGCCGCACUCACUACCGGCCGCGGCCAGCAGUCCCACACUCGGGGGCCCAUUUCUCCGAGGCUUCAGCGGGAGGUGACGCUACACGACAGGUGUCUCUGCCUCCCAGCAGCCCCGCCCCGCCGGCUCCUUCGCCCAGGGUCCGCCCCCACCGUUUCCAGGCCCCGCCCUAGUCCCCGCGGAAGGCGGCGACGGUCACGGUUGCCUGCUCUAACCAGCUCCCGGUAGCCCGGCACCCGAAGGAACGGAUCGUGCAGCUGCACUGAUCGAUCCUGCCCAGCCAUGGACCGGAAGGUGGCCCGAGAAUUCCGGCAUAAGGUAGAUUUUCUAAUUGAAAAUGAUGCAGAGAAGGACUAUCUCUAUGAUGUGCUGCGGAUGUACCACCAGACCAUGGACGUCACUGUGCUUGUUGGAGACCUGAAGCUGGUCAUCAAUGAGCCCAACCGCCUGCCACUGUUUGAUGCCAUCCGGCCACUGAUCCCACUGAAGCAUCAGGUGGAAUAUGACCAGCUGACCCCUCGGCGCUCCAGGAAGCUGAAGGAGGUGCGUCUGGACCGUCUGCACCCCGAAGGCCUUGGCCUCAGCGUGCGUGGGGGCCUCGAAUUUGGCUGUGGGCUUUUCAUCUCUCAUCUCAUCAAAGGAGGUCAGGCAGACAGCGUCGGUCUCCAGGUGGGGGAUGAGAUUGUCCGGAUCAAUGGCUAUUCCAUCUCCUCCUGCACCCACGAGGAGGUCAUCAAUCUGAUAAGAACCAAGAAGACUGUGUCCAUCAAAGUGAGACACAUCGGCCUGAUCCCUGUGAAGAGCUCUCCUGAGGAGCCUCUCAAAUGGCAGUAUGUGGAUCAGUUUGUAUCAGAAUCUGGGGGCAGUCGAGGCAGCCUGGGUUCUCCUGGGACACGGGCACACAAGGAGAAAAAAGUCUUCAUCAGCCUGGUGGGCUCACGGGGCCUUGGCUGCAGCAUUUCCAGUGGCCCAGUCCAGAAACCGGGCAUCUUCAUCAGCCAUGUAAAGCCUGGCUCCCUGUCUGCAGAGGUGGGGUUGGAGGUGAGUGACCCAAAUGGCAUAAUAUUUGCCAAUCUUGGCCCCCCAAAGCCAUGGCUGUGGAUAUACAGCUUUCCCAGGGGCCUGAGCAAAGGGCCUCUUUCUCCCCACCAGGGCCGGGAGCUGUUCAUGACUGACCGCGAGCGGCUGGCAGAGGCACGGCAGCGCGAGCUGCAGCGGCAGGAGCUCCUGAUGCAGAAGCGGCUGGCCAUGGAGUCCAACAAAAUCCUCCAGGAGCAGCAGGAGAUGGAGCGCCAGAGGAGAAAGGAAAUUGCCCAGAAGGCAGCAGAGGAAAAUGAGAGAUACCGGAAGGAGAUGGAACAGAUCGUGGAAGAGGAAGAGAAGUUUAAGAAGCAGUGGGAAGAAGAUUGGGGCUCCAAGGAACAGCUCCUCUUGCCUAAAACCAUCACUGCCGAGGUGCACCCAGUACCCCUUCGCAAGCCAAAGUCUUUUGGGUGGUUUUACCGUUACGAUGGCAAAUUCCCAACCAUCCGGAAGAAAGGAAAAGAUAAGAAGAAAGCCAAGUAUGACAGCCUGCAGGAGUUGAGAAAGAAUAAGAAGGAAUUGGAAUUUGAACAAAAGCUUUACAAAGAGAAAGAGGAGAUGCUGGAGAAGGAAAAGCAACUAAAGAUCAACCGGCUGGCCCAGGAGGUGUCUGAGACAGAACGGGAAGACCUUGAGGAAUCAGAAAAGAUUCAGUAUUGGGUGGAAAGGCUGUGUCAGACGCGCCUUGAGCAGAUUUCCUCUGCUGAUAAUGAGAUUUCAGAGAUGACCACAGGGCCCCCGCCUCCCCCGCCUUCUGUGUCUCCCCUGGCCCCACCUCUGAGACGCUUCGCAGGUGGACUGCACCUCCACACCACUGACCUGGAUGACAUCCCCUUGGACAUGUUCUAUUAUCCCCCCAAGACCCCCUCUGCCUUGCCUGUGAUGCCCCACCCUCCACCCUCUAACCCACCUUCAAAGGUCCCUGCACCCCCUGUGCUUCCCUCAUCGGGCCAUGUGAGUGCCUCGUCCUCACCCUGGGCACAGUGCACUCCACCUGCCAUUCCCAUCCCUCCCCCUCCAUCCAUUCCCACCCAAGACCUCACUCCUACCCGCCCACUGCCCUCGGCCCUGGAAGAGGCAUUGGGCAACCAUCCCUUCCGCAUUGGGGACACCAGCACUCCAGUGGAGGACUGGGAGGCAAAGAAUCACAGUGGAAAGCCUGCCAACUCCCCUGCCCCUGAACGGGGCUUCCCACCCACCCCAAAGACAUUUUGCCCAAGCCCACAGCCUCCACGAGGCCCUGGCGUGUCCACCAUCUCCAAACCUGUCAUGGUCCACCAGGAGAACAACUUUAUCUACAGGCCAGCUGUGAAAUCCGAGGUCCUGCCACAGGAGAUGUUGAAGAGGAUGGUGGUUUAUCAGACAGCAUUCAGACAAGAUUUCCGGAAAUAUGAGAAAGGCUUUGACCCCUACUCCAUGUUCACCCCAGAGCAGAUCCUAGGGAAGGAUGUCCGGCUCCUGCGCAUCAAGAAGGAGGGAUCCUUAGACCUGGCCCUGGAAGGUGGCGUGGACUCCCCCGUCGGGAAGGUGGUUGUCUCGGCUGUGUAUGAGGGGGGAGCUGCUGAGCGACAUGGUGGCAUUGUGAAAGGAGAUGAGAUCAUGGCGAUCAAUGGCAAGAUCGUGACCGACUACACCCUGGCUGAGGCAGAGGCCACCCUGCAGAAGGCCUGGAAUCAGGGCGGGGACUGGAUCGACCUCGUUGUUGCCGUCUGUCCCCCCAAGGAAUACGACGAUGAGCUCUCUUCUCUUCCCUCCUCUGCAGCAGAAAGCCCCCAGCCAGUCCGAAAGCUCCUUGAAGACCAUACUCCCGUGUACAGACACGGGUUCCUCCUGCAGCUGGAGCCCACGGUGAAUAGGUGGCCUCAGGGCCCCAUCUGUCCAUGCUGCGUGCAGUGGCCAUGUGCUGCCCACGUUGCUGGCAGGUUCUUUGGACUGGCAUCUGGAGGGGACAUGAGGCACACUGCCCCUGAAGUGCCUCCGGGGUCUGCUGUCCGUCACUCUGAAACUCUGUGGAACUCAAGACCCUCCCACUCAAGGGAGUGUGCAAAACCUAGUCUGGAGCACUGGGUGGGACCUGGGUGUCCUGAUGCACACAGUCCUUGGGACCUGACCCAUGCAGCACCCAAAUGAACAGGGUGGAGCAUUGAACAUGGCUCCCUGCUGGCACAGAUGGCGCCUGGAGCCAGGUGUGCUGUGCUGGGAGAGAGCCCACGAAGUCCAGUCUGAAUUUCCUCCCAGAGGUGUCCUCACCAAACGUUUCUCCUUUUCCUGGGAAUGCAGCCCUGUUGGGACCCCUGCUUCACCCAGGGAGGGAGUGGAUUCCCUGCUCGGGCAGAGCCAGGGCUGUUGAGAGGUCUUUAAGGCUCGUCCAAAGAACCAGGGUUGGUGGAUUAGAGUUGCUCGUGUCCUGUUGUGCCCUACAAUGGCCUGAGUCCUGCUCAGACCAACUGUCCUUUGCCAUCUCCCUCCUUUGAUGCAGGCUCUAACUGUGGAACACAAGGUAGAUCCCAGCCUUGGAAUGUGUUUCCCACCCUGGGCCAGGUGGCUGUGAAGCUGGUGUUGGAGGUGACCCGAACCCAGAGCUAGCAGCGUCUGGGGCCAAGCCAAGCCUGGACUAGUUGAUUUUUCUGUUACAAAUUUCCAAAAACAUUAGGGCCUCAUGUUCCCAAGACAGCUGGCCUGCUGUACAGUGACAUCUAGGGGUACCUAAGUGACCUGUAUUUUCUGUCACUUACUCUUAGCAAGAGACCCUCCUCUCUUCCUCUUGGUCCUUCCCCCACCCCUGUCCCUGGUGUCUCUGCUAUUUUAUUCCUGGCCUCCUGUGUGCUGUGACUUUGGCUGGUGUGUAACUGCCUGGAGUUGCACCAAGAGGGGCCUCUAGGGAUUGGCAAGGCCUCGUGCUGCCAGGGUGGGGCUUUGCCCUUGGCUGAGUGCCACUCACAAGACCUGCACCUUCCUGGUUUGUUUCCUC